AUGACAGAAAUUGAAACUUUAUCCCAUAUGGAUGAGAUGAAAAACUCAUCAUUGUCUAGCAGAGAAGUGGCUAGCUUGGCAACUAAAUGCGACAAUCCUAAUCAUUGUAAAUCCGCUGAAGAAAUGAACGUUGAUGACAGUUCCAGAGAAUAUGUCAGUGAUGACCAAGUUGAUAGUGAUAGUGAUAUGAUGAAAUUGGAUAAUGAUAGUGAUUCAGCAAGAUGUAUGAACAAUGUGGCUGGAGUAAAAUGUCAAACAUCUUUACUAUACAAUGAUGCUAAUGACUUGCCUGAUACUGAAUCUGGGAAGCAAAGUAUUGAGAUCAAGACCAUAGUUCCUGAGAAUGAAUCUGUAAAACAUAGUAUUAAGAGCAGAAUUGGUGAAUCAAGUGCAGCAGAUUCAGUUCUACAUAUUAAGAAUGUGAACAAUGACUCAGACACUUCCAAUAAUGGAAAAACGAAAAGAAAUGUACCAUGGAAUAUGGAUAAAGGGACCAAGAAGUGUCAGAAUUUCAGAACAAAUUUUUCAACUAGAAAUGGAAAUACAAUUGUUGAUGAAACACCUGUUGUAGGUCUUUCAGUGGAUAAAGUAAAGUGUAUGUUCAAGGAUCUUAAUCCCAAAUCAUCUGAUUUUGAACAAUUGCUGUGGGAUUUAAAUAUCAUUUCUUUACAUACUGCAUAUGGCUUGCUUCAUGGAGUAAUUUACUACAAUUGCGUGAUAUUUGGCACUGGCAAUUCCGAUGAUCAUCAAGCCAUCUGUGCAUGCUGCUUUAAAACUGGUCUAGACAAACAAAUUGGAUAUGUUGAAUAUCCCACUCAUGAAUGCAGCUAUAUUCGAAAGUCAGACCUAGAUUGUGAUGUCACCAAAAGAAGAUAUGAUGUAUCCUUAAAAGCUGUUGGUCUGUAUGAUAAAUAUAUGACCUAUAUCCCAAAACUUGGUUCGUUUUAUCGUCAUCCACUGCCAGGUCAAACUAUUAACUUUUCCCUCCAGGCUAUUGAACCAUGUAUAGUGCAUGAUUUGUGUCAUGCAGUGAUGCAGUUACCUUGGAAACUCUAUCAAAAGAAACAUACUUCACUGAAAUUAAUGCCUACCUCUUUAAAGAAGACUAUUUGUGGAAAGAACACAGGCAAAGAAUGUGAUAAUAACUUGAAUACAGUUCAAUAUUCUGGUAGAAAUUCUCAAGUAGUUGGACAGAACUCUAAACAUUUGUCAGAUGAAAAUAAAAGCAUAAAAGAUAUCAAGAAAAAAACAGCUUGCCAGCUUGGUGACAUUUCUAAUGGAAUGGGCUUUGAUAAUUAUAAUGACAAUGACAAGUCUCUUAACAAUACAGAAUUAGAGGUCACAUGUUCAACUGAGUGUCACAAAACAAGUGAGGAAACCAAAGUUGGGGAUGAAAAUCUGGUGAUGGUUGAAGAUAUGAAUUUGGAUUCACAGACGUCAAAUAUGGAUUCAAGAUUUGGGAAUAAAGACAGCAGGAGCCAAACUUCAAGCAAGCAGGUGGUUAAUUAUAGAAACAAGAUUGAUUGCAGUAGCAAUUUAAACUUGGCUGCUGAGAAAAAUAAUGCAAUCCAUAAAGAAAAUGAUAAUGAACAGAACAAUGUGCGUCAUGACAACCAGAGUGAUUGUGAUGAUGGCAGUGGUGUCUCUGGAAUCAUUGACAGCAAUGCUGUGAGAAAAACUGAUGAGCAUGCAGACUUGCAAAAAGAUUCAGACAAUGAAGUUGAAAAGGAGGCUUGUGAUGUAUAUCUGGCAAAGAGAUCAGUUGUUACUGAUGAACUCCUGUUUGCAUUUGGUUUAGAUUUGGCAAAAGAACUGGCAGAGGAUCCUAUUUUAUCAGAGAUAAGGAAAGAAAAAGAAGAACCUGAGAUGCAAGACAAGGAAUUCAGCAGCAACUCAAAACCUAAAGCUGAGACAACCAAUCAAGGUAGUGCUACAUGCGCUCCUACAUCUGCAUCAAUGCCAAAUUCAACUGGAGCUUCUUUUGUGAAGGUGGUUUCUAUGGCAACAACAGCAAUGUUCAAUCAACCUCCAGUAAAUAUAGCCAGCACGAAACUAGCAGCCCAGUAUGUACCGGCACAGCAUCCAAUAAAACGAGUACGUCCACAUCAAAUAACUGUACAGCAUCUUCUUCAAUCUGCCAGACAGCAACGCAUAGUUAGUAUACAGCAGCAACAGAUUGCCAGACAACCAAUCUCCAUGGUAGUGCAACAAACAUUCUCUUCACCUGCUCCAAAUACUCCAGUUGCUCCAGGUGCUGUGGUUGCUAGGCAACCUAUGGUUGCACCUCAAAGUGCUUGUCAUGUGGUUCAUCCACCUGAUAUUCUCUAUAUCAAAAUGGUUCAUAAUCUUGAGCUGUAUCGCUGUGCUAGAUGCUAUGCUGCAAUGGCUCACACUUACCCAAAUGCAGGCGUUCUACAACCAGCUAUCCUUGAUAUUGUGGUAGAACAUGUCAAAAUACAACAUAAUGUCACUAAUUUCACAUUAGUGAGCAAAUCGCCAGCAUUUAAGUUCUAUAGAUGUGUGCAUUGUACAUACCAGACAUUCCGCCAUGCUACCAUAUUGAUGCAUCUAUCCACUCUCCAUCCACACUAUAUUCCCGGCACAUCAACAACCAGUGAAGUUGCUUCCUGUAAAGAUGCCAUCAAAACUAUCAAACCCAAUGGUGAAUCAGUUUACAAAUGUAGACGUUGUCCUUAUGAAGGCAGCACAAUCAUGGCAAUAUCAUACCAUUGUGGCCUUAAACACAAUUCUCAUCUAAAGUCUGAAGUAACUGUUCCAAGGGUCAGUGUUGUUGAAUCGGUCCAACUGCCAAUGUUGGUUUGUACAAACUGUUCUUUUUCAACUUCCAACAGAUCAGUGCUGACAAGUCACAUGAAGUAUUGCUCAAGAUUGGUUGGUGAGAAUGAAAUUAUGUCAACGGCCAAGACUGUAGACUAUGUCACUGUUAAAACAUAUGGUGGCUCUACACAGUACACCUGUAAACACUGUACUUAUAGAACAGAGAAACUGAUGUCUAUAACCUACCAUGUGAAGAAGAACCACCAGGGAUCUGAUGUAUAUCGAUGUAAGCUCUGCCCCUUUGCAUCUUAUGUAUCCGCUACAUUAGUUGCACAUUAUCAUGAACAUCAUUAUGGAGUCAUCCCCGGGACACCGGAUAUGCGAAAUGAUAUUGGUCCAGUAUUUGAAAUUGACAGCACCAACAGAGAGAUCAGUGUCAACUUUGCUGUACUCCAGCGAUGCAAGCUAUGCAUGUUGAUGUUUUUAAAAGUAGAAGAAUGUGAAAUGCACAUUCAAAAAGCUCAUGCAUCUUUUGCUAAGAAUCCACAGAACUGUCACGACAGAGUUAAAUUGCCCAAUUCAUGCCUUCCGACUCAAUUACUGAAUGAUCUUUCUUUAAAUGGUCAUUGUUGUGGUCAUAUACCACCUCAGGCAGCACAAUUAUGCCAAUCAACGUCACAGGAAAUGUUUAUAGGAUCUGCAUGUACAACGGGUAUGAAAGCACAGAAAAGGAAAUCAACAACAUGUGGAAAAUCUGACAUUGGUUCUAAAAAGAAAGUAAAGAUAGGUAAUUGUACUGAGAAGAAAACUGCAAAAUGUGACAAUGGGGACGAAACUGCUGAAAUGGACACUGAUAAAGUCAUGCUUGACUAUCUCAUCACAUUGACUGAAAGUCAAGGAAGGACUGUCUCAUUUGGUUGUGAUACUUGUGAAGAGAGUUUCAUGAGAUAUCAAGCAUUCACAGCACAUAAAUGUUUUCAACAUGAUUCUGAAGAAUGUCAGUGUUUAGUUUUUGUGCCAAAGAGUACGGUGUUAAGACAUUUUGAAGCAAGUGACAAUCCAUCCAAGUGGGUAUGUAAUAUAUGCCGUAUUUUGGUCCACAAAAACAUAAAUCUCCCCAAACAUCUCAGCAAACAUUUAUUACCAUCUGUACAAUUAAUGUUCAGUGGAGAGUUGUCAAAAAAGAAGAAUCAGUCAUUGAAGAAGCACAUGCAACCUCAGCAGGGUAAAAAUAACUGGUCGUGUGUUUCUGAUCAUCGUGGGUCCUCUGAGGAUUUCAUAGAAGUAGACCUGAGUUGCUAUUACAAGUGCACGUCAAGGCUCAAGUCACCAGUGAAAGCCUCAAAAUUGUAUGCCUGUAAAUCUCGAAAGUGUUGCUUUGAAUCUGACUUCAUGGAAGAAGUGGCAGGUCAUCUUGGUAUUCAUCUGAAGUGUGAGAUUCUAUUCAGACCAAGUAACGGGAAACUGAUCAUGAAAAAAGAUGACAUCCACACAUUCUUUGAAGCACAGAAUAGAGGUAGUAAAAAGCGUUUUCGUUAUUGCUGCACACUGUGUGGUUUAAAUGUGACUGCUUCAUCAAUAACGCAACACCUACAACGAUGUCUGCUGAAUCCACCGGCUGGAAAGACAGAGACUGAAGACGUGGAGCAAGAAACUUCACCAGAAACAUCAUUGAUGAACGAAAUAGAAAACACAGAUAAGGAACCAGUGGAAAUGAACACACAAGAAGCAAUCAACCAUUUUAUUCCUGUCUUUGAUAUGAAAACUAAAAACUUUAAAUUUGUUUGUAUAUUUCCUGAUUGUACAUUCCAAUUGCAGAAUGCAGAUUUGGCGACCUUUCACCUCACCUCACACAUAAAACGCAAGAUCAUCCCAGUUAUGACUCCUGUAAACAUCCCAGACGAGGAAACCUUGAAAUUUUUCAAAGAAACCAACAUAAAAGAUAUUGGAUAUCUUUUUUGUAAAGAAGACAACUGUUCCUAUCAUGUAUUGAUUGAAGAGGGUUUUAUACAGAAAGCAAAAGAGCACCGACGUGAAUGUCACAGUCUUAUGGAUGAUGUGUGGACCAAUGACACAACAUGCCUUACAGUCCAAGUGAAUGAUAUUAAGUCUUUUUUUCCCAAGUCUGGUGAGGCUUUAAUUCAGAAGGGGGAACAAAGCUAUUGGGUUCCUAUUUUGCAAUGUCAUCACAAUUGUGGAUUUCAGGCACCAUGUGACAAAUAUGCCACAUUUGUUGAACAUUUUGAAAGUCACAUGGAGUCAAAGAUUAGGAUUAUACACUCAGCUUCUCAGAAUGAUGUAGUGUCACAUAAGGAGAAGGCCAAACCAAGGAGGGAUAGGGCAGAGAUAAAGUCAGCUGAUUCAUCUGGUAAUAGUUGCAGGUCAAAGAUAAAGUCACAUGACAGUUGCAGUUCAAAUAUAGUGUUGAAUGAUUCUUCUGACGGCAAUGUAAGACCCAGUAUGAAGGCAGGUGAUAAAGGUGACAUUCUAAAGUGCAGGUCAAUUGUGAAGGCUGAUGCAUCACAAGAUAAUUGUGUGUCACAUUUGAAAUCCGAUAAUGCUUCAUAUGAUAGUGACAGACCCCAGAUAAACUCUGAUGACACACCAGAGGGCAGCAAGAAGGAUGAAACAGCAUUUCAGGAGACCAAGAUGUUGCUCAAGGAUGUGAUAUCCCACUAUGAUGAAGAGAUCAUUAAUGUGCGUACAUCCACCGUAUCUUAUGGCAAACCACAGUACACUUGUAAAAAGUGUGAUUUUCAAACUUUGAAAGCCUCUGCUUUGUCCACCCACCUUGAAAUACAUCUUGGUCAAAAGAUCAUUGUUAUAAGUUCACAUAAAGUAAGGAAUUAUGUGCAACCAGUAUUUCAGUUAAAAUCACCAAUACAAAAUAAAGCUGAGAAAAAGAAGGGUAAAAUUAAAUUGGCUACUACACGGAUGGACACAUCAACAAAAUAUUAUGCUAGGAAGAAAAAGGAGGUUUUGCGAAAAAAGUACAGUUUGAACAAAAAAGCCAAGGUUGGAAAGAGUGCAAGGAGAAGAAAGAAACUUGGAAACAGUGGCAUAGAGAAAAGUAAGAAAACAAGUCAGGAUGGAAGUGUUUUGGAUUCUUUAACGACUGAUACUGGCAUGACUGAGAUGAACAAGCAGAGGGUAUCAAGGAGGAAAAGCAGUAGGCCACAAAAAAUUGUCAAGUUUGGAAAUUCAGGAAGUGACUCAAACAAAGCACAAAAUCAGAGUAUAAAAAUUAAGAUAGAACCUGAGGAAGUAGUUGCAGCUUCAGCAGAACCUCUCAAGACUGUUGAAAAUUCUGCCUUCCAAGAAAGUAUACGUGAGCUGAAGACAUGGGUUCAAACUAGUAAUGCUAAGAUUAAAUUAACCUUGAAGGAAUGUCUAUAUUAUUUUGAGGAAGACUUACAGAUGAAGGAAAAACGGGGUAAACAAAAGAUGUCCUAUGCCAAAGUACUGUACACAUGCAAAGGUUGUGACUUUAAAAGUGAUAAUGCAGAGACUAUGCCCGGACAUAUUGAUUUCCAUAUGGCUAAUCUGGUAUGA